AUGCGACGACGGACGGAAUCCGGUGACUGCUGCGAAGCUCCGAGUGCGGUUUCGUCGAGCAUUGACAAUCCGCAUAAGGUGUACGAGAAGGCCGAAACGUUCUGGUCGCGGUGUUCACAGGACGAGGAUGGCAUGCUCGGCGGAUUGGCAAUGCUGCAUGGUCCGGAUGUGCAGGGAUCAACAAACUUCUUGAACGCGUUGAAGAAAAAUGGUAUCAUGACGAAAACUCUCGCGGCGUUGGACUGUGGAGCUGGCAUCGGACGAGUGACGAAAAACGUCCUGAUGCCAUUAUUUGACUCAGUGGAUCUUGUGGAUCUCAUUGAAGAACUAGUGGCCACCAGUGCCGCUUAUAUCGGAACCGACGAUGGCAUCGGCGAGAAGUUCGUAGAAGGACUGCAAACCUUCGAGCCACCAGAGAGAAAGUACGACGUCAUUUGGAUCCAAUGGGUGUCUGGACAGCUCACUGACCAAGAUCUGACAAGCUUCUUGCAGCGGUGUAUUAAAGGUCUCGCGCCAGACGGAACAAUUGUGGUCAAGGAGAGCGUGUCACAAGGUGGCAAGACGGUGUAUCACGAGUCGGAUGGAUGUUGGACACGUCCAGAAGCUUCGUUGCUCCAAAUCGCAAAGGAUGCUGGCUUGCAGUUGGCUCAUAAAGCCGUUCAGACUGGAUUCCCAAAAGGGUUGUUCUCGGUGAAAAUGAUUGCAUUCAAGCCAGUGCAUCCAGUGGAAGAGGACGAUGAUUAG